UGAUUUUAAGUACCUGCUAAGGCUGGUGCUUUACACACAUUCCUCCUUUUAAGUUCCCCUAACUCCCAAUUUGGGUAUUUUCAGGGUCAGUGUUGUCCGAGGUCCUAGUGAAGCAGCAGAAAGGUUUGAAAACCUUAUUUUCUUGUCUAUGGUUUUCUUCCACUAGACUACACGGCCUCCUCCCUGCAACCCCAGUGUCACCCUCGGCUCUACCAGGACUUCACCUUACUAAAUAGUAGCGCUCUCCAGGGGAUGCCUCGAAGCCUGGGUCCCGCAGCUUUACUCCGGGGAGGGCCGCGGUGGGGUGGGAGCGCCCCGCCCACCUAAGCCCCGCCCCGGUAGCCUGGGCAACGCGUUGGGGACGCUGGGGAGGCCAUGUACCAGGUGCCAGAGUUGUACUCCCGGAGAAGGCGGUUGGAGCUGCACACCCCCUCCCUGGAUGUAAGUGCAGCCCGGUCCGCGCUCGCGGGCCGGGAAGCCGGGAUGCUGUCCCCUCAGCUCUCGGGCCGCCAGCGAUGCUCCCCCGCACCCCCACUUCCUCUGCUGGGCCGCAGGACGUAUUCGCCUACAAAAACAAAACCGGACCAGUGGACUCCGCAGGCGCAAUGGGGAUUACGACUAGGAGCGUGGUACUGGAAAGACGACACCAAAACUCUUGAAUUCAAAAGUUUUGCACCCGCAGUAGAACUCAAGGAAAAAGGAAAGAAAGGCAAAGCAGUGCACUUUGCGGAAGUGGAUGGCCCAGCUUCAGAAAGGUUGACCGGUAAAAGGCUUUCUUCAAGAGAUGAGAAGGCAGCAAGGGCCCUAGAGAAGCAAGGUCAGCAGGGCCACAUUACACUGGAUGAUGUUAAGUUUGUUGCUUUGUUUUUGCUGCAAGAUACUGAGAUGCAGCGGAUCUGUUCUUUCACAACAUUUAUGAGAAAUAAGAGCCUUGACAUUUUCCUCAUGGCAUUAUUGUACUAUUUGUCUCACUACUUGGAAAAAAACUCACUGGAAAAGAAACCCAAAAGCUAUAUGGUGGGUCUCGUGGAGAAGAAGGAGAUGGAGCUGGUCUCCAGCAAGUUAGAGGAAGCCCAGAAAUACCUGGCGAAGAAGUACUGUGUCCUCCUGCUGGGCUUGGACAUGCCUGACAAGCAUCACAUGUGCUGCGGAAGGGAUAAAAUGUCAGACACACAAAAAGACUGGAAAUUCUUCGAGUCCUUUUUCACGUUCUGUACGCACGUAGCUUGGAUUGUUUUCCGGCGUCAGCACUUGACAGAGAUUGAGGAAGAGAUAGGAAGGCUCUUCCGGACCAAUAUGUUCAACAUCCCGCGACGGAGGCAUGAAGAUGAAGAAUCGGGAGGGGAGAGGAAGCGUAUGACGUUGGUACAGUUCAGGAGGAUGAUGGCGAAACGCCCAGCAAUUAAAAAAGCCAUUAACAUGCGCUCUCCAGUCGUGUCUACUCUGCUGCCGUCUCUCAGGGAAAAAGCUCAGAACAUUGCUGAGAAAAAGUACCAAGGAGGCGAGAGACGGUCGGGCUAUGUGGGGAAGCACAUGUCAAGCCAGGACUCUGUGCCCUUGCCAGUGGUUGGCAUCUUGGGGGAGCCGCGGUAUCUGUUCAACCCCCAUACCCUCCUCCCCAUUGACCCAGAAGAAAACGCAAAAGCAUCUGGCAGAAAUUCUUCCCUGAUAGAAAUAAACGUGAGAAUUCAGGACACAAUGGACCUAGCCAUGAGAAGCCUGUCUCAAACAUCAUGCCUUAAAUAAUCUGGUACAUUCCAUGCCUGUAUUCAAGUCCUUGUAUUGAAAUAAACUACUUUGAUGUAACUAA